AAAUAAUUUCUGAGUUGUUAGAAGCCCCCACCUCUAUAGGUGCCGAAUUUGAUAUUAUGGCAGAUUCACUUACCAAGGAAGAAGUUAAUGAAUUUAGAGAGAGAGUAGGGAGAUAUUUAGCCAGGUCCACUAGUUAUCAUGAUCAGUCAGAAGAAAAAGAUUACCAUAAUCUAAUGAACGGAAUUUUGAGUACUUUGGGGCUAGAAUAUUUGGUUAUUUCCAAUUGUGAAUCAGGAGAUGGUCGUUAUGAUCACGCUCUAAUUCCUCUGGCAGACAAACCUCGCAAUACCGCUUUCAUUUUUGAAUAUAAAAAGGCAGUUAAUCAAGAAGAUAAAGAACUAGAUUUAGCAGUUCAGAAAGGUUUAGACCAAAUUGAUGAAAAACGCUAUGACCUAAGAGUAAAACAACAGCCCCAAGUUAAAAGAAUUAUUAAAGUUGGAUUGGCCUUUUUUGGAAAAAGGGCCAAAGCAAAAUAUAAAAUAGAAGAGAGAGUAUCAGGCGAUAAUUGA